GCUGCCGCGCCGACGGCGACAUCUUGCUGGAGAGGAAAGCACAGCGCAGAGCGGGCCGCGCUUGAGCUGCUGCGCCACGCGCAUCGCGGGCAGGCCUGAGUGCGGGUCGCGGGGCCGGGCUGGCACGGCAGGAAGAGGUCUCCGCGGCCGCCUUGGCCCAGUCGCCCCCUGCCCGCAGCCACCGGACCCGACCGCCUCGGAGACCUGUUCCCCCCCAGCCCCCUUCGCCCCAUCCCUGCCUGGCUCGCCCCUGCCCCCGCUGUCCCGGUCGCCCCGCCCCGUGCCAGGCCCCGGGCACCGUCUCCCGCCCGCUGGGCUCCGCCCCGCCCCCGCCUCUCCGCCCCCGCCCGCCCCAUCCGGGCGGGGCUCCGGGUUUAAACGUCGCGGCGGGCCGGGCCGGCCGAGGGGCGGGGCGGGCCUCUGUGUCGAGUCCCCGGCCCGUAGGCGGCGGCAGAGGCGGCGCAGCGCGGAGCGGCGGACGCCCGGGGCCGGCGGUGGCACCAUGUCCCCGGGAAGCGGGGUGAAGAGCGAGUACAUGAAGCGCUACCAGGAGCCGCGCUGGGACGAGUACGGGCCCUGCUACCGGGAGCUGCUGCACUACCGCCUGGGCCGCCGGCUGCUCGAGCAGGCGCACGCGCCCUGGCUCUGGGACGACUGGGGCCCAGGCGGCUCCUCGGACGACUCGGCGUCGUCGUCGGCAACGUCGGGCGCCCCAGCGGCUCCCGCGCUCCGGUGCGCCCCGGCCUCGCCCCCGCCGCCCGCGGAGUCCGCUGCGCUGGAGGAGCCGGCGCGGCGCGCGCGGGGGCCCGCGGAGGAGCCGGACACCGAGGCCAGGGACACCGAGGCCAGGGACGCCGAGGCGCAGGAAGCGGAGGACGCGACCGUGCCAGCCCUGCCAGCGAAAGAUGUAGAAGGAAAACCUGAACAGCCAACCAAAACAAAAGAGACUGACAAGUUAGCCGUCAGUGUCGAACCUCGACAACCGCCAAGUGCCUUAUUUGCCAGAGGAAAUAGGAAAGCGGCCAAAAGUCCCCAAAGGUCAUCAAGUAAGAUAAAAGAGAACAGGCAUCCAUUUGCCCUUUAUGGCUGGGGAGAAAAACAGAUGGAUACGGGGAGCCAGAAGACUCACAACGUCUGCGCAUCUGCUCCUGUGCACGAGAUCCAUGAGUCAGCAUUACGCGCCAAGAACAGAAGACAGGUGGAGAAAAGGAGACUGGUAGCUCAGAGGCAGCGUGCUCACUCUGUGGAGGCGGAGAAGACCAGAAAGGGGAAGGCUUCCUCCUCGGAGAACCCGUGGAUGACAGAGUACAUGAGAUGCUAUUCGGCAAGAGCCUAAAGGACCGUGGCCUGGACAGCUUCCCCCGAGAAGUCCAAAUGAAAGGAAAGAAAAACCACCAAUUGAAAUUGGACACAGGUUUAAGAAACCACCUGAUUAUGCACGUUUUUCUUGGGGAAACGAUUGUUUCUUUUGAUGAAUUUUGGUCACCUACCUCAGCAGUAGGGCAGACAGUUGAAGCCAUAGAUAUUUGGUUAUUUAUGAAGAUAAUUCCCUAAAUCUUUGAUAUCCCUUCAAGGGUUUUAAGGCAUCUUAAUCUUUUAAGAGUGACACCAAAUGCCUUUAAAUGGCUAUAGAUGCUCACCACUCCGUAUUCUUGCCCUGCGUUUAAGUGGAGCCCAUUUUCAUUCCCGUCCUGAAUAGCUUUUCAGAUCCCAUAGCCUGUAAGAUCAUUCCAUCCUGCGGCGUUCAGAUUAGUUUUCCUCUUGUGCGGUUUUCUCUGUGGAAGAGUAGCAAGUCGGACAUGCCGUGUAGCCCCUCUGUUGAUUCCAUGUAUGGUGAAACUGGAACUUAGGCAGUUCCAGGAAAACUAGCCGUCACUUCUUUGUCUUUCAGUUCAGCACCAGCUCCAUGUACAUUGUGGUAUUUAAGAGCUACCCAGGCUGGGUGAGGGUCACCUUUUCCCUUUAAAUUGUCAUCUAGGCACCUCUUAUUUAAUAGUUUAAUAGUUCAAAUACAUUCCAAUGAAUGCAGUGCCAGUGCAACAUGUGUUGAGAAUAGUAAUAAGUCAAAGACUGUCACAUUUUUUAUUGUGAGUUUUUUUUUAAAAGAAUAUAUAAUGUAGAAUCAGUCACUUGUGACAGACUAAUAUUUUGGUGUGUAUACAUGUGGACUUUUGCCUCUCCUAUAAUAGCUGGCAAUGAUACUUAGAACUUAUAAUAUGGAAUUUCAUUGAGUGAAUCAAGAUUGUUUAGCCCAUUGGGGAUGAAGGACCGAUAUUGAUACACAGUAGGUAUGCUGCCCCUCCCCCCCGCCUUUUCCUCUACCGAACUUAACAGCAAAGUCUUGCUGAUGUAUAAAAUUCAGACUUUAGGUUGAAAUAUCUUACUGUUUGGUUCCUACUCAGUAUAUCUCCUGUUCACCUUGAUGUGAGAGGAUGGUGAUGUGUGUAUAAGUACUAUUUAAAUUAUGCUACUUUCCUCAACUGUGUUUGCUUUUGGUGGGUAGAAAAAAAUUUUUUUUUAAAACACUGGUUUCCAUCAAAUGGGUAAAUUCUUUUCCAUCCUGCAGAAGCAAGAAUCUUCUAGAAAGAUGAGUGCUAAAUUCUUUGAAAGAAAAGGUACUUUACCUGUGCCAACCUAGCACCUGGAGAUGGGGGAGUGAGACGAGGCUGAGCACUUCCUUGAUACUUUUACUCUAGGUCUUUGAAGUACGAUAUUGAAUCUUUAGAACAAAAAUUGGUUUUAUUUCACAUGAAGUUGUCACACAGUGUCAUAACUGUAUUAAGCUUUGAAAACUUAUGCUGAAGAAGUGUAUUUUUUUAAAAAAAGAAUUUUAUGUGCAUAGUUUUGAGGCGAAUUAUUUUACUCAGAGAGCACUCCUUAAUCAUUGAGAUGUAUAUUUAAAAAGAGGGAAAUUCUACACGUUGUCCAAAACAACUUUGCCAAUAAUUCUGGUGAAUUUUGGUGUUCUCUGUUGUUAGUCUUUACACAUUGCAGGUACCUAAAGAUCACAUUUCUGUGGUGAUUGUGAUGGUGUGGCUGAUUGUGUAAACUGUUGCUUUAAAACCAUUUCUUGCAUGUUUAGUUCUAGCCGUUCAGCUCAAGAGUGUGUGUUGCGUUUGACAAUCUCUAGGAAAGAUGGCUUUGGCCCCACACUGAGGGACUGCCUUAGAAACCCCCAUUCCCCAGACUUGGAAUAAGCCAGACUUUCUCGUGUUUAGGAAGCAGACUUUAUUUCAUGUGCUUGCUCUUGAAAACUCCAGAGAUAAAACCUAGAAGGCAGUGUUGGCCAGUCUUUCACCCUUUCCUUCGAGGAGAUGACGAAUGGACAAGAUGUGAAAGCCUCUUUAGUGCACAUGAGAGGCGUGAAUCAGUGUGAAUUCCUACCUGAUGUCCAAGUCCUUCGUCGCUUAGGGUUUCUUUUCUUUAGUGACAAUUGUGUUUUGAAAAUUUUAGGUUUUUAACAGUUUGAUGGUCCUACUUUUUUCUUCUCAUUCUAAACACUAAUGUGGUAAUAAUCAUGUUUCUAAUUCUUGGGACAACUUGGAGGAUAGUGAGAUAGCUUAAAAUUACCUUUCAUUUUGAAAAAACCUGAAACUGAGAAUCCCAAGAUACUUAAAAUAAAUACUACAUAAAAUUCUGUAAAUUUUGGUUUUAGGCUCUUAAUUUAACCACAAGCCAUAAACAUGCCUUUUGCAGGUACUUUUAUUUUACAAUAAAUACACAAAUAGAAUAUUGAAAUAAUGCCUGGCUUCCUGCUGGACCAAAAUGAAUGAGAAGUGAGAAAGAUUCUGUUCUUUUAUCUGUUCUUAUUUAGGGGGUGUCAGACUCCUUGGCACUUCUGGUUAUGUCUGUAAGUCUCCCCCCAUAAAAGUAACAGUUCCCUUCAACAUUAUCUCAGCAAAAUUCCCUUCUUGGGAGAAACCAUUGCAAACCUUUCCUAAGGACAUUUUUAAAGUUUACUGAAUGUAUAACUUCCUCAUAAUGUAGAAGGCACAUAUGUAUGUCAUUCCACAUGUAAUAUCUUUGUCAUUAAAUUUCAUCAAGGAUCAGUUGCUAAGUAAUUUGAAAGGUAUGUAUGCUUAGGUCACUUGAACUCAGCUAACAAAAUUAUAAGAAAGACAGCAAGGAAAGCUGGUGUUGAGUUACUUCAAGUCUUAACUUCCAAAAAAGAACUCUAUAACUGCAACUCUUAACAAGUCUUUGUGGUCUACCCUAACCCCUUCAAAAUGAUAAUGCUGCCCUGGGCAUACACUUUGUAAAUGAAAUGUUAGAGUACUUGAUAUUUAAAAUGUUCUAAAGUAUUAGAGAGAGAGAGAGAGAGAGAGAGAGAGAGAAAAUAUAUCACUGUAAAGUAAAAACAAGCUUUCUUAUUGACUGCUUUAGUAAAAAACUUAGCUUAUGGAUAGUUAUACGCUUAACUGGACUAGAUAAAUGGUGCUAAUAUUUAUAUAGCCUGAUUCUAUAGUUGGUUUGGUAUCAAACUGCUAGUGCCUGACCCAUAUAUGGUCCUUACUCUAUAGUCUUUGAUCAGUUAAGUAAUAUUUUAAAACAAAAUGAUCCUAAAAAUAUGACUGGCCAUUUGCAAAUGUUUGAAGUGUUGAAUAUGGAACUAUUCAGUCAGACUACACGCUUAGUGUACCUGGCCCUUGUCCCACACUACUCCUGCCAAGCUUGCUAGUAUAAGAUGGGAAAACAGUUGCUUACCCUAGUAAUACUUAUUUCCAUUUUGAAACUCUGGACACUUGAACAAAGGCAUUAGAAUCCUCCUUUUGCAUUUCUUUUAUAAUAACAAAGUUAUUUAGGCAAAGUGUCCCCAGGUUAUUUUAUGUCUGUUUUGAGCACUACAUUCACUUUAAAAUUCUGGAAGAAUAAAGGCUGGGCACCAUCCAAUCACAAAGCUCAGGCAAUAGGAACUUGGGGUUGUGUUUUCUAAGAACUCUGUAUUGUUUUUAGCUUAUAUUUAAUAUUGCACUUACUUGGAAAAAUGUGAAUAAACUUAAUAUUAAAGGCUCA